AUGGCUAUCUGGGUCGGGAAGCAGAAGAUGUCCUGUCGAUCGUGCAUCAAGGGACAUCGCUCCUCGACAUGCAACCACAUCGGCGGGCCACUGUGGGCAGUGCGCCCUGCCGGCCGGCCCAACAAAGCCUGCAUCCACGGGCCAGGCGACCUGUGCCUCUGCGCCCACUACUUCCCGCUGACCUGGCUGAAGGCGGCCGUCCCCAGGAAACAGAAAUGCUCCUGUUCCGGCUCGUCGGGGGCACACUCGGGCUCUGGUGGCUCGAGCAGCAACGGCGGUGGCAGCAGCAACAGCAGCAAGAAGUGCCCCUGCUGCAGCAAUGGAAACGGCGCGGGCGCCGCCACGCCUGAGGAUGAGACACAGCCCAUCUUUUACCAGGACCUUGUGUCGCGCGGGCUGCAGGUAACAUCGGAGCCUGUCGAGUAUGGACUGCCGCCGUCACAGCCGCCCACGACGGCAUCAUGCUGCUCCUCGAGACCAGCCGAAGCCCCCCUCCCUGCUCCCAUCCAGAUGCCCGUGUCGGGCCCACCGGCAACAGCAGCACGGUCAUCCUGCUGUUCUGGACCAGCAGAGAUGGAGACUGCCGCGUCCAACCCCCCGCCACCGCCACCGUCAUUGACCGCCACCACGAACGGAUACAGGGCACACGGGCACGUCAAAACCGAGUCUGUAUCAGCACCGCCCUUCACACCGAUCCAGCAGUUCCACACGUCGACAACGACACCGCCCCCGACGGAUUUCCCGGUCAUGAAGUUCAGCCCGUUGUCACCUGGGGGUGCGGGGGACCACGUGUGCGAGUGCGGGCCGACCUGCAACUGCGUGCUCUGUAUCGACCACCCGUACAACACAGCCACCAUGCACCACAUCGCCACCGAGUUCGGCCAGAUGAUGUCCAGCGGCGCGCCGUUCUCGCCCGUCACCACCCCUGCCGUCAGCCAUCAUGCGGGAGGGUUUGGCAGGCCUGAGUUUUACCCUCCAGGCUGGCCGCCCAACCACAACGGCAGCGGCAUGAUGACUUCUGGCCUUGUUGCCGACCCGUCAGCGAUGAUGAGCCGCCACAAUAGUAACGCGCAACCCUACUCGCCGCCGCAGCAGGCGACGGAUAUGGAUAUCAUUCUCAACCCAGCAGACUUUGAGAUGAUCAACUUUGCAUUUCCACCAAUGGAAGACGGGGAGCAGUACCACCACCAACACCAACACCAACAGCAGCAGUUUGACCAGACGAUGGGCGUGGGUCUGGAUCCAAUGACCACUGACGAUCUGAUGGACAUCAACGGGUUCUGCGGAGGAGCGCCAGAAGGCUGUCCCUGUGGUGACGACUGCGCGUGUAUUGGGUGUCUGAUCCACAAGCCCACCACCGUUGAUGCCGCCACCGAGAAUGGUAUGGGGCUUGGGCUUGGGCUCGGGAACGGACAUGUUGCUGGUGCUGGAGGACUCGGAUCGCCUGGAUGGCAUUCGGCCUUAUAGCAAGAGGAUAGAUGAACCGACGGCGCCAUCCUCUUCUGGGAGCUUGAUCGUUUGCCAGACACGACGUUCUUGGAACUGGGAUCCUCAUGGUGAUCUCUUGGCCUCGCCUCCCCUCGGCAAGGUAGAUGCCUUGAAACCUCCUCUUUAGAGAGUGAGAAAAGGGGUCUUUCUCCGAGACCUGUAUUAUUUCCCUUGCAACAGAUUACACAUGAAAGUUAAUGAUACCCCUGGGCGGAAAUCCUGCUUUCAAGCAAAAGUUUAUCACCAAAACACAACCGACACAAAAACCGACACAAACCUGGGGAGGACAAGAUUGUUUGGUGUUAUUUCCCUUCCCUUUCCUUUUUCUCUUUCGUCCUUUCUGCAGGAAGAAAGGAAGGGAUGGAUGGAUGAGGCGUUGUCGGGUUGCAGCAUGUAUGUCUAUUUUUCUAUGUAUAUACAUGUGUACAUAUAUAUACAUUAUUCUGGAGC